AUGUCAAAUUAUGUAAAAAAAAUUAAGGACAUUUUGACUAAGAAAAGGAGACUUGGCGAGUUUGAAACAGUGGCCUUGACUGAAGGUUGUAGUGCCAUGUUGUGGAGUAAAAUUCCACCUAAGUUGAAGGAUCUGGGUAGUUUUACAAUUCCAUGUUCAAUUGGUGGAAGAGAUGUGGAUAGAGCUCUAUGUGACUUGGGAGCUAGUAUUAACUUGAUGCCCAUGUCUAUUUUUAAGAAGUUGGGAAUUGGAGAAGCGGGGCCAACUACCGUCACUUUGCAAUUGGCGGAUCUUUCUAUGGCGCACCCGAAAGGAAAAAUUGAAGAUGUUCUAGUGCAAGUUGAUAAGUUCAUUUUUCCGGUCGAUUUCAUCAUUCUUGAUUAUGAAGCAGAUAGAGAUGUUCCUAUUAUCUUGGAUAGGCCAUUUCUAGCUACCGGGAGGACCUUGAUUGGCGUGGAAAAAGGGGAGUUCACAAUGAGAGCUCAAGAAGAACAAGUAACUUUCAAGGUAUUCAAUCCAAUACGUUCUCCAGAUGAAGUAGGAGAUUGUUUUGCCAUCAUUGUUAAGAACUCUAAUAUGGAGGAAGAGGUACCCACAAGGAAGAAAGUUGAAGGUGAAGGGGAAAAAUGUGUGGAGUUAAAUAAUGGCAAGAGAAAUAUAAAAAUGUCAAUAUUGUGGGUGAAUCUUUGGGGAAUUGUUUGUGAGCUUGUAAUUGAUCCUAGAUAA